GCUUUUCGGAUCUUAGCCUGGGUGACUUGUUUCGGGUCCGGGUGACGGGCCGCAAGAUGCUCGACGAGGCCCUUGUCGGUAAAAUGCUUCGCUUGAAAGACUUCGGGGCUCCAGAGGUUACCCUCAGCAUCUGGGUGGACAGGGCCUUUGGAGGGGCCGAGUACGGAGAUGCAAACGGCAACGGCCUCGUGGUCAGUCCUACAAGAUCAGCAGACGCCAGCGUCCCUAGGAUGCGUGAUGCGGGCGCAGCUGCGGAGACCCGGCAGCUCCCAGCGCCCGGAAGGCUGUGCGGUCUGUACUGGUGGAGUCGAUCCGAGCAGAAGGCCAGCAUCCGAUCUGGACUGGAGCGAUUUAUAUCAGACGGCUUUCGAUGA